GCAAGAGCAUAAGGUGUCCUGUUGGAAAACGAUGUGUUCAAGCUCGUCUAAGAACAAGUAGUUUAAAGAUAUGUUGCUACACGGCCUCCUGCUUUCUUGAGACGAUCGUUCCACAGCGCCAGAUGAUUCGAGGUGAAAUCUUGAGGAAUGAUCCAAUAUGCAAGACGAGAAAAUCAGAAUUCAAGUAA